AAAGAUUGUGGAUCAUGGACACAGUUAGCCAGUGAGGCUAACCUUUAAUCUUUAAAUACAUACAUAAAAGGAAAGGAGGUGAUUCUUGAGAUUUUCCCACACAGUACACCAGAAUGAUUGACGACUUUGAGACCCAGGAGGUCCGGUCCAGCGGGGAGCUGUGGACCGAGAUCUGCUCCAGUCUGCCGGGGACACAAGCCGAGACAACCCCGGACAAUAACACGGAGUUCAAAGACUCAUUCCAGCCAGCAGCACCAGUGCAGGUCAAUGGACAGUCAAAUGGAACCAAUACCAGUUCUCCCAGCGCCAAAUGGGAACCCAUGGAGGAUUCUGAGAUCUACAUAGCCAGUUUAGAGAAUCGCCUAAAGAAAUUAAAGGGCCAGUCAAGUGAUGUGACCUCCAGGGACAUGUUGCGCUCGUUGUCUCAAGCUAAGAAAGAAUGUUGGGAUAGAUUUCUGCACGACGCUCAGACCUCAGAGCUCUUCCAAGGCGGCGACAUGGAUGAGAGCGCUCUUGAACACUUCAAGAGGUGGUUGAUUCCCGAGAAGGUGGCCAUCAGCGCUGAGGAGCUGGAAUAUCUCCUGAGGCCAUCUCAGAAAAACGAACCAGCUGAACCAAACCAAACACAGAGCAAUGAAAACACGGAGGGAGAGGGACCCAACCUCGAGGAAGAUGACACUCACAGCCCGGAGAAAUGAGUGUGUUAAAAUAGUAACACUGAAGAAUGAACUAAUUCAAUGUGCAUUCAGUAGGGGUGACUUGUUACCCCCACGCUCAUUCUGAGCUGUGUUAUGUCAUAGCAGUGUUUUGGCGAAAGCCUUUGUUAACAGCAGUCACAGAAGCAAUUACUGCCUGUCAUCGUCCUCUGUAUCCCCAGCAACUGAGUGUUAACUACUUAUUCAGUCCUUGUUAUUCAUCCCUCCAUCCAGAGCACACCAUGGAAAUAUAUAAUAACAAACCUAUAAUUAGACUUGUUUGUCCUGUAGCAGAAGAAUUAGCAUCUCUGCGUAGUGAUCCACAUUAUAUCUGUUACAAGAAUGUCUCUCGACGUUGAGUAUACAGUAUAAAGUAAGUAAAGGACCACAUGCAGUAACAUGUUGUAAAUGAAACUUUUAUAACAUCUUGUAAACAUUAUUUUUCUGUUUUUGAAAUAUGGUGACAUCUUGAACAGGAAUUCUUUGGGGUGUAUAUCUGAAAACAGUGAAACAUUUUGUGUAACAUCUUUAUUUUUGCCAUGUUGGUUUUACCAGUGAAGUUUUACCCACAUUUCAAUAAAAACAAGUAUAAUUGA